CACCCCGCCCCAACAACAACAACACAACACCACAACACACAGCAACGUCUUCUCUCUCGUGCUGCACAACAAGCCACCCCCUCACCCCAAGCAGCACAGCAGCAAGCAACAGAGACAGGCAGUGCGUAGUUUCACUCUGCGCUCCUGUCACUCAAGCACUCACCACACCACAAGACGAGACAGAGGCACAACAGCGUGACAGCGCAACAGAGAGCACACAAACAAGGACACGAAGCAACAGCCGAGCCACUUUGAACCACUGAACGAUCCGCCUCUGCUCAUCCAGUCAUCCACACACCUACUCACACGUAAGCGCGUACACAUCACAACAAGCCAACAGCACAACGUCGAAGCAUCGAAGCGAACUUAGAAGCAAAGACAGGAGAGAAGACAGAUAGAUAGGUAGGAGAGGAUGAAUGCGAGCAGCAGCGGCAGCGGCAGCGGUGGCGGCAGCGGCAGCGCCCUCGCCAGCAGAACCGCCGCCCUUGGUGUCACCGCUGGCCACCACCAAGUGCACGAGGAUGAGGACCAGCAGCACGAGGACGACCCCAUCCUGCUCGAGCUGUCGCAGCUCUCCCAGCAACGGGCGGCUGAUCUAGCUCAGUUUCGACACACGCGCCAAACACUCGAAGCUGAGGUUGCAAGGCAGCGCGCUAUCAGUGAGGAGCGUGAGGCCAAGUGUCAGCGGCUGGAGUGCGACCUGGCCAAAGCCAACAGGGAAAUCAUGCACCUGUCGCAACAAUGCAUCAGAGCAGAGCACGCAGAGUCGCAACUUGUUUCGGUCCAAAGCGAGUGUGCCCGUCUGAGCGAAGAGCUGAAGAACGCGAAGAAAAGCAAGGCAGCAGCAGUGCAGCGUGUCAAGGGCGACAUGCACGAGCUUGAGAAGCGAACCCGCAUCCUCAACGAUCAGCGAGCACAACUCCUGCACGAGAACAAACGGCAGACACAGCUCAUCACAGCCCUGCAAGCGCAGCUGUCAGAGGUGCAGCAGCAGCUUGAUGUCACCCAGCACUCGGAGACGACCGCAAAGGCAAAGAGCAGCGAGUUGAUGCGUCGAGCAGAUCUUGCCAGUGAGGGCGAGCAGGCAGCGCUCAAUGCACUCAACGCUGCACACGACAAAAUUGCGGCACUGGAAACGCAACUGCGGGAUAUGGAGGACAAGCACACGCGCACCGUUGCCACCCUCAACUCGAAGAUCAACAAGUUGUUGCCGCUGCAGGCUCGCCCAGCAAUCACACAGGAGCAGUACCGUGAACAAUGCCAGGCCGCCAAUGACAUGCAACAAGAGAUACGCAGUCUUCGCGCGAAUUUGGAGUUGAAGGAAUCGGAAGUUGUUGCUCUGACGCAAUCAGGAGAAGCGCUCAAGAAACAACUCGCCGUUGCUCUCGACAUCUCCGCAUCGCUUGAAGAGCACAGCAAAGAAACGCAGGACGCAGCGCGCGCUCCAGAGGAGGCGCUGUCGUCGCUGUCUGCGCACGUGUCGCGUCUGCAGCAGCAGCUCGACGAUGCCCACCGCCGCCGCCGGCGGGACAACACAGAGACGCACGGGGCCGUCAUGCGAGCAACGCAUCUCGCAGCCGCUGUUGUGCGCUCGCUUGGUGUUGCGCACACGAAGAUGAUGGCUGCGACGAAUGGGGACUCCACGUCCACGAACGACGCGAGUGUGGACGGGAGGAGAGGUCUGGACGGUGUUGCUGGUGCCGAUGGUGCUCACGGCAGCGUCGUUGGUGGUGGUGGAUAUGCCUCGAGCAACACCGCAAACACGAGCAGCGAAGACGAUUACGAUGACACUGGCGAUGGUGAUGGUGAUGGUGAUGGUGACGUGUCGAGUUAUGGCGGUGGCCGAAGGCGUCGCGAUUGCAGCGGCAGGCGAGGCGUGAAAUCUGUGCUGGCGCAGCUGGGUGCACUUGCCGCUGUGAUGAAGAAGGUGCACGUGAUGGCGGGGAGUGUUGAGUCGCGCGUUGAGCGGUUCCGACAGCAGCAGACGACGGAACGCACCAAGCUCGAGGGACAGCUCAGGGAAUCAUGGGACGUGAUUCGAUCGCAGGAGUCUGCGCUGAUGGAACGAGAGCGAGCCAUCACCUCCCUCCGGCAGCAGGCGGAAGCGCUGCGAAGUGAAGCGUUUGACGAGCGACAGGCGUUUGCAGAGGAAAAGCGAAACCUCAUGCAACACCUUGGUCGCCUCGAAGCACAGAGCACGGAACUGAGGGAUCUUCAGAACGAUCACGUGAAGCAGCUGAUGGAAUUGCGGUCCAUUCUCAAGGAUAAGGAGUCAACGAGUGCGCAGAUGCGCGCGAGUGUUCUUGCCAUUUUCGACACCCCGCAGCUGUUGCAGUACAGACCAGACCCGCAGAGCGAGCUGACAGAGUGCAUCCACGCGCUGUCGCUGGCGGUGCGGUCUGUGCUGGAGGACAGCGGAGUGCAGCGCGAACUGUACGACGGCCACAUUGCAGAGAAGACCGCACAGAUCCAGCUGCUCAAGGAGCAACUGAAAUCAGUCGAGGAACACGCCGAGCACGUGCAGCACCAGCUGUCUGUCGCCGGCGAGCAGCUUGCGGUAGCAUCGAAACAGCGACAAGCAGACACGCAGCGGCAGGAGGAGGAUGGAGCGAUGAUCUUUGAACUGCAGAACAGGCUGGUGUCGGCCAUGCGAACGCUGCAGCAGGAGCAGGCCGCCUGUCAGGAACUGCAGCAGAAUGUCGACGCACUCACACAGCGGUGGAAGUCUGAGUGGCAGUCGUGCCACACGAUCAUCGGCGGUAUGCGCAAGGUCGGCCUCUCCCUCUGUGAUCGAAUCGCCCGCAUUCUCGCCGUCGCAAGGUGCACUGGUCCUGUCCUCUCCCGUUCCAUCGAUUGCGUCGUCCAAACAAACAGAAUCCUCAAGUACUCUUCGCCGAACAGCGACCGCGCGUGCUGGAGCCUCAAGAGUGCUGCGCUCGUGGUUGUUGCCUGCCGCCGCCUUGCUCAGCGCCGUUCCCUGCUCGAUCCAGACGUCGUGGCUGCAUCGUGGCGCAGGUCGUACCGGCCGCGCACACCAACACACGAACACGUGGAGGACAUGGACGAUCUUGAUGACGACGAGUUAUUGCAUCAUGCUGGCAAGCACGUCGACGUCGCAAACCAGAUGCUGCACCUGAAGGAGCUGCUGUUUGACGAUUCGCCGCGCUCGUCGGUCACAGAAGACAUGCGACCCGUGCGCACGGCCUCAGACUAUCUCUACUCCCUCAUGGGCGCUUUUGGCGUGGAGGUCCCGUCUCGUCUCGGCCUCCGUCUGAUGACGUGGUACCCGCAGCGCCGUGUCCUGUGCGACACCGCACAGCGAUUCAGGCUGCGUCUGCUUGACCUGAAGAGCAAGCAGCAUGCGCUGGCGACGGAGGUGGAUGAUCUGAAAGACACAAAUGCAAACCUGCACAGCAAGAACAAGCGGCAGGCACAGGAACUUGCCAGCAUCACCGCGCGCGUGCAGGAACUUGACGCAACCAACCACCGCAUCUACCAGGAGCUAAGCGAGCUGAGCCAAUCGCAUAUUGAAGCGAGUGCAUACUACGCGCUGAAGCGACAGCUGGAGGAGGCGCAGGCGCGUGCGUCGCAGGUUGAGCCGCUGUCUGAGACGAAUGCGCGGCAGGAGCGGAUGAUCAAGCAGAUGCAGACAGAGCUGUACCGCAAGGAGACGGCACUGGAGACGCGCGUUGCCGAGCUCACAGACGAGCUCAAGCAGGCAGUCGAGCAAGCGGAGGCGCUGCGCGAGGAGAUGGAGCAGCAGCAGUCCGCGUUCAGUGAGAAGGAGGGCGAGUUUGAGGUGCAGAUCCGGCACUUGAAGCAGAGCAAAGCGGCACUGCUGCACGAGCUGAAGCAGCUGGACGGUGCGGUUGUGGCGCCGAGUGAGCACAGUGUGCGCAGCAGGCCCUCCACGGCACCCACGGAGGAAAUGCACUAUCGCCACGCGGUGACGCACAGCACGCCAAUGCCGUUUGCACAGUGGGUGCGGCGUAAUGGCGGCGGUGAUGGCAGUGACAACAGCAACACACGUGCACACUACAGUCAGCACCAGCAGCACCAGCAGCACCAACAUCACCAGGCCUCGAGCACAGAUGGCAUACAGGUGUCCACAGCCACGGCCACGCGGCACCGCGCUGAUUCGUCAUCCGUUCACAGUGUUGGCAUGGCGACGAGAGACGUCAGGCCCGCCUACGGUGGUGGCGAUGCCACUGGCGAUGCUGCGGACACGGCUGUGAGGUCCACUACCCAGCAGCAGCAGCAGCACCACCACCUCCACCACCAGCAGCAGCAGCAGUACCAACAACAGCAGCAGGAACAGCGGGUGGAUGUGUCGCAGCUGAGCAACAACACGACCAGGGACAGCGGGAUCAGCGAAGUGCGGCGCCGUCUACACAAGAGCAUGCUUGGUCAGCUUUCCUUGUGAGUGAGCGGGUGAGUGAGCGGGUGAGUGAGUGA